AUGGCGUCCAAUCAAUCGACGGAUUUAGACGACGAGCCAGAUGUCGAAGUCAUGGGGUCCAUGUCAGACGACACUUUCUUCCAGUUUAUCUUCGUCAGCCUCGUUCUUGUCCCCUCUGUUGUUAGCUCCCUUGGAAUUAUCUUCAACAUCAUUAACAUCGUCGUCUUUGUUAAAAUGGGAUUUUCCGAAACUAUAAAUAUCUCUCUUCUCGGCCUGGCUGUAGCAGACGUGGGGGUUCUGCUGACGAUGGUUGGGUUCAGCGUCAUCUACAACCCCGUGCUGCUGACGUCAGUGGCCAACAUGGACGUCAUCAAUGCCGUCAACUACGUGGCCCUGGGCUGGCCGCACGUCCUGUUUAGCCGGAUCGUCGCCUGUCUGACCACCUACAUCACGUUUGAAAGGUUCCUGUGUGUCGUCAUGCCUCUCAAGGUCAAGGCUAUCAUCACGCCCACCAAAACCGUCGCUGUCGUCACGGGAAUCUACAGCUUCAUAAUCCUAAGCUUAAUCCCUGCCUUCGUCGCUAACCAAAUAGGGCUGAGGUUUAACCCGCAGUUAAACCAGACGAGCAUUGGGUUAAUCACGGCGCCUAACGCGAACCUCCUGGAGGACGUGAGUUUAACCAUCACGAACAUUGUAGAAAUCUCCUCCUUUGUUUUGAUCGUCAUUUUCACGGCUGGUCUUAUCCAAACUUUUGCCCGGACCUCGGCAUGGAGAAACAAAUCGUCAUCCGCGUCUAAAAGUAAAUCUUCAUCACGCGACAAAGUUUUAAUCAAAAUGGUUCUAUUUAUAUCUCUGGUCUAUAUCGUCUGCUCCUUCCCGGAUGUGGCUGGGACGGUGGCCAUGUUGUUCGUCAAGGACUUCAGCGUCAAGGGGAGAGAACGAAAUGUUUUCGUCUCGGCUUUUGCCGUUUUCUUCAACAUCAGCUCCCUGCACUCGACGGCAAGUUUGUUUAUCUACAUCAAGAUGAGUUCCAGGUUUCAGCAGAACUUUGCCGCGCUCUGUGGGAAGGUAAAACUGCGAUGA